CGUGUAGUAAUUAUAUCCAGGUGGGACAUCCAGCCGUCCAGCAGCAAACUAUGUCUAUAGGAUCAGGAAGUAGAGUCCAGGAUGUGCCUGUGCAUGAAAAAUGAAUCUUGGAGAGCAGAGUCAUAUGUAGCAGGUGAAGGGGGGGCGGUAAUGCAUUUCGGAGUAUGCUCAAUACAUUCCUUCAGACCCUUCAGAGGCACAUCCUGGACUCUACUUCCUGAUCCUAUAGACAUAGUUUGCUGCUGACCGGCUGGAUGUCCCACCUGGAUCUAAUCACUACAAGAUGA